AUGAAGCUCCUCAAUCUCGUCAUUCUGUCUCUGGUGGGCAUUGCUGCCGCUGCCCCGAAUAUGGAGAAGCGCUGUGGUGACGUCUUCAAUACCUGCGCCACUGAUGAUGAUUGCUGUGGCGACAAGACCUGCACCGGUGAGGCUAUGGGCAAUUGGGUUUGCUCUGACCCCUAA